UUAUAUAGUUGUUUAACAUAUAAUAUGCAUUUUAUUGAGUUGGUGCCGUUGUUCCAAUGAUAAGGAGGUCGGUCUUUGUUUGGAAUAUAUCUCUUGGGACUGGCAUUUGUCUCCGUUUGGGGAAGAUUGCCACAACCCACUUGCGCUAUAAUUUUGUUUUUCAAACACCCCCCAAGUUUUUUGCUUCCCACUAGAGGCUCAUCAUUCCUAUGCCUUUCUGAUACUCAGCUGAAAGCCAAGACAGAGAGGAAUUAAAAUAUGGCUACCUAUUUCCCAAGUCUAACCAAUCAAAGAGAUGUCUUACUGACUCCAUAUAUAGGGGACCAGAAAUUUACUUCAUAUUCUGAGGCACCUCUCCAUCCUGGCAACGUAAUGAUGUAUCUGAACCAAGCUUCUUCAGGGUCCUACUCAGAUAUCUUGUCUGGGAGUUCUCUAUCUCCUCAGAACUGUUAUGGAUCUGCUGGAGGCAGAAAUGAGAUGAUGUUCAUUCCACCUACAAGUGACAGGGUAAGUAUGCAAUCCAUUGAUGGACAGUUUAAUGCUGUAACAGGUGAACCCCUUGGAAACUCUGUUAAUGGGGAUUCCCAGAUGAUCCCAAGGACACAGCUGGGAGUUCCAGAUGGUGAACAUAAUAAUAUUCAGUGUCAGGGAUUAUCUCUUAGCCUUGGCACACAGAUACCAUCUUCGGUGUCUGUAGCUUCAUUUGGAAGCCGGUAUCCAAACGCAUGUCCAUCUUCAUUCUUGAAUACUAGCCUUCCGCUCUCGAGGAAUGGGGCAAUAUCUUGUAAAGGUGAUGAGAGCAACCAAGGUAAGGAGUUGAGAACUGCAGAGUGCUUGCUAUCUGGUUUUUCUGGAGGGAACCAUGACAACACCAGAACAGAGACAUUUUGCAAUCCUCAUUCCACAGUGAGCCCUAAAGAGAUGCUUUCUGAUCGAUAUCCAUACGAACAAUCAAGUUUUACAAACACGAUCUUAGACUCAAAGUACCUCAAGGCAGCACAGCAAUUGCUUGAUGAACUGGUUAAUGUCUGGAGGGCUUUGAAGCAGCGUGGAUCUAUCAAACAUCAAAACACCCAGGGGAUUGGUUUAGAUGGCUCUAAAGAGACAGAUGGGAGGUCUAAUUCUCAAUCUGUGCAUAAGUCUUCAGACCCUGGUGACUCAACUACUAACUCCUCUUGUGAGCUAUCACCCGCAGAACUACAGGAUCUGCAGAAUAAGAAGACAAGACUUUUGUCCAUGUUGGAUGAGGUGGAUAGAAGAUACAAACAAUAUUAUGAUCAGAUGCAAAUUGUGGUGUCGUCUUUUGACAUGGUUGCUGGGUAUGGGGCAGCUGAGCCAUAUACUGCUCUUGCACUCCAAACAAUUUCCCGCCACUUCCGAUGUUUGCGUGAUGCAAUCACGGGCCAGAUUCAAGCGGCCCAGAAAAGCCUUGGGGAGCAAGAUACGUUACCGCUUGGUCAAGGAGGAGUGAUACCUCGUCUCCGCUAUGUAGACCAGCAACUCAGACAACAAAGGACUCUUCAGCAGUUUGGAGUGAUGCGACAUGCUUGGAGGCCUCAAAGGGGGCUUCCUGAGAGCUCUGUUUCAAUUCUCCGUGCUUGGCUAUUUGAACACUUCCUUCAUCCUUACCCAAAGGAUUCAGAGAAAAUUCUGCUUGCAAGGCAAACAGGCUUGACCAGAAACCAGGUUGCAAACUGGUUUAUUAAUGCACGGGUGCGUCUUUGGAAGCCCAUGGUCGAGGAGAUGUACAAAGAAGAGUUUUGUGAAUCAGAGAUCAACCCCAAAUCUUCACCAGAAAAUGCACCGCGAGCACCAAGAGGUAAUUUCCGGGCAUUUGAGGAUGGGGGGGAAGAGUUGCAAGAGUCAAAGUCUGUUCAUAUCCCUACUGUAGAGAUAAAUAGGCAAACAGCAACGAUAGGGUUUGAAAGUAGUGCUCACGGGGAACUACAGGGUGAUCAAAGGCCUAACAUGGAUAACCAUAGCCUCUAUUCAGAUGAGAUUAUCCCACCCCACCAGAGUGGUGGUGGGAGUCUUAUGGCUGGGGCUGCCACAUAUGAUAUGUCAGAGUUGGGUAGCUUUGUAGACGGUAGCCGGGUGUCGCUUGCACUGAAGUUGCGGCAUUGUGAAAGUGAUGGAUUUCCCAUGUCCGGUGACACCAAUUCAAGAGGUAAUAAUGCGGUAACUUCAUCUGCAGAGCCUGACUCGCUGGAUUUUCAGUGCGUGGAUCUGGGGAAGCAACAUCACAGGUUCGACAAUUCCCACAUGUUACAUGAUUUUGUUGUCUGAAACAAGGCUGUUUCUAGCUUUGUUGCUGAAAAUCAAUAUUGUCAGGAUAAGGAUAUCGAAAAUCAGAAACCAAAAACAGAAAUAGAAAUAGAAUGCCCUGUGCUCUUUCUUUGGCUUUGUUCAUCCUACUUGCUUAUUGUUUGAAGAGACAAAAACCUAUAGCAGUAAAAAUAUACGUGUAGAUAUGGGUAUAUGAUACCCACCUUGUAAUAUAACAAAAGAUUGUUGGAGCUGUAGGCAUGUUUGUAUAGAUGAGAUGCAGAGAUAUAUUCAUGCAUUUUGUUGAAUAAGGAAUCUUGUACAAGUAUUCCAGAGUGUGACAUUGACGUAUCAUUUCUAUGGAAUAAAUGUUAUAUAAGAAUUGAUCAGUU